CAAUUAGUAACCAUCGUAAACAACAUGGCGGACGAAACAAAAGAAAACGCAGAUUCACUCAUUGCGGAUAUCCACAAAAGGAUAACAGAAGCUUUUGAAAUAUUCGACAAUGAAAACAAUAAAACGGUAGAUGUAAGGGAAGUUGGCACUAUCAUCCGUUCUCUUGGUUGUUGUCCCACAGAGGCAGAGCUCACAGAUAUGCUGGUAGAGAUUGAAGAGGAAGAUGAGGCAGGCUACAUUAGAUUUGAAAAAUUUCUAUCAAUGAUGACAAAAGUGUUGAUGGAAAGGAGGUACAAACCUGCACCAGAAGAUGUUCUCUUAAAAGCAUUUCUUGUAUUAGACCAAGAGGGAAAGGGGUAUCUCACCCAGGAUGAACUAGCCAAGUAUAUGACAGAAGAUGGUGAACCAUUCCAGCAGGAAGAAUUAGAAGAAAUGCUCUCAGCUGCUGUGGAUCCAGAAAAAGGGACAAUUUUAUAUAAAGAGUACGUGUCCCGGAUGGCCGUAGAAGAAGUGUGAGGGGUGGGCAAUACUAUAAAAAUAGUAAUACCAUGAUUGUAAUACUAUAAAAAUAAUACCAUGAUUGUAACACUAUAAAAAUAAUACCAUGAUUGUAUGAAACAUUCCCAUUAUGUGAUAUUUAUGUGGAAAAGGAUUUAAAAGAAAGGAUUAUGGUGAAUGUAUAUAUGUACAUGUGUAUUAUUCAUAGAUCAAGGGUGUAAGUGUUGAAGAUGAUUAAAAAUUAUGAUAAGGAUGCAAGGAAGAAUAAAUGCAUAAAAGAGUGAAUAAGAAAUGUUUUUGUUGUUUCCUGUUU